CUUUGCAUCAUCAUCCAGUCAGCCUCAGCUACCUCACCACCACACGGCUAACGACCUAGCGCUGCACCAACCAACCAGUAGUCAAUUAAGCAGCACUCGACCAUGGCGCCCAAGCAGCUCCCCGCCGUCCUCCUCGCCGCUUGCGCCACGCUCCUGGCCCUCGCUGCGCCGUUGCUCGCUGGCGACCCGGACAUGCUCCAGGACGUCUGCGUCGCCGACUACAAGUCCCUCGGCGGCCCACUGCGGCUGAACGGUUUCCCGUGCAAGAGGCCGGAGAACGUGACGGCGGACGACUUCUUCUCCGCCGCGCUGGCAUUACCGGGAAACACCGGUAACCCGGUCGGCUCUGCGGUGACAGCGGCGAACGUGGAGAAGCUCCCGGGGCUCAACACGCUGGGCGUCUCCAUGUCGCGCGUGGACUACGCACCGUGGGGCGUGAACCCGCCGCACACCCACCCACGCGCGACCGAGAUCAUCUACGUGCUGGAGGGCUCCCUCGACGUCGGCUUCGUCACCACCACCGGCAAGCUCUUCGCCCGUACCGUCUGCAAGGGCGAGCUAUUCGCUUUCCCCCGCGGCCUCGUCCACUACCAGAAGAACAACGGAGGCGCGCCGGCCGCCGCCAUCUCGGCCUUCAACAGCCAGCUUCCGGGCACGCAGUCCCUCGCCCUAGCGAUGUUCGCAGCCUCACCACCGGUUCCUACCGACGUGCUGGCCAGGGCGCUCCAGAUCGACGGCGGCCUGGUGGAGGCCAUCAAGUCCAAGUUCCCGCCAAAGUAAACAGCAUGCAUGCAUGUCUACGUGCUUACGUGCUCCUAAUAAACACGAAGGACCACGUAAAAGUGCAGUUUUAAUUCAUUUGCUUGACAAUAUCUUGUGUCGGUGCAUGUUUAGUGAAGGGCCUCGUCGGUUUUACUGUUAAUUGUUGCUUUUUCUUCACGAACCUACUGGUUAUUAAUUUGUAUGUGUCCAUUAUUGGUGAAUGAAUGUGCCUGAUUGCUUGAA